AUGGACCGGCCCCUGGCGUCCUCGUCGGCGGAGGCGGAGGAGGAACUGGAGUGGCAAGUGGCGAGUCGCCGGAGGAAGGCCUGGGCCAAGUGCCGCGGCUCCUGGCAGGCGUCGGAGACGGAGGAUCUGUCCACAGAAGCGACGACGCAGGACGAGGACGAGGACGACGAGGAGGACCUCCCCAGCGCGCAGCUGCCGGCGGCGGCCGCGGGCAGAGCAGGAAACGUGCCCAACGAGAAGAUCGCGAUAUGGCUCAAGGACUGCCGCACACCUCUGGGAGCCUCACUGGAUGAGCAAAGUGGCGGUACUACGCUCAAGGGUGUGCUUGUGCGAAAUGGAGGAAGCUUUGAAGAUGAUUUGUCUUUGGGAGCCGAAGCCAACCACCUCCAUGAAAGUGAUGCUCCCAUUGACAACUGCAACAAUAUAUUGGCCAAAGAGAGAAGACUACAGUUUCAUCAGAAAGGGAGAAGUAUGAAUUCCACUGGCUCUGGGAAAAGUAGUGGGACAGUUUCAAGUGUUUCAGAGUUGUUGGAACUCUAUGAGGAAGAUCCUGAAGAAAUUCUUUAUAAUCUUGGAUUUGGACGAGAUGAACCAGAUAUUGCUUCUAAAAUCCCACCAAGAUUUUUUAAUUCAUCAUCGUUUGCUCGAGGAAUAGAUAUUAAAGUAUUUUUGAGUGCUCAGAUGCAACGGAUGGAAGUAGAAAACCCAAAUUAUGCUUUAACAAGCCGCUUUCGACAAAUCGAAGUGCUUACUACUGUGGCCAAUGCGUUUUCUUCCUUAUAUUCCCAAGUCUCUGGGACUCCCCUGCAGAGAAUUGGAAGUCUGUCCUCGGGGGCCUCAGUGAAGGAGACCGAUUCACCUCCACCCUUAACUCGAAGUAACACUGCAAAUCGUUUAAUGAAAACACUAUCAAAACUCAAUUUAUGUGUUGAUAAAGGAGAGAAAGAAGGGAGCAGUCCUUCCCCCACGCUUGACAAAGGGAAAGUUCUAAGUGUGGCGGUGAUGGAAGAAAGUGUUAAUAAAAAUGAUCAAAAGGUUCAAAAACUCAUGAAGAAGAAAGACUCCUCUUUCUUGUUGGCUACAGUGAAAGAAGAGUCAUCAGGUAGUUCAGCGACUGUUACGGAGAGUGCCCACCUGGGUAGACCUGAUGAUGCCCUCAGUAGCUUUAAUAGGGACAUUUCAGAUCAGCAAAGUAAAGCAUCUCAAAGUAAUGAGAAGAGACUGGAGGAGGAAGCUGGUAUUGUCAAAUCUGAUUUAAAUAGUGAUUUCAACUUGCCUGGCCACAGCGAGCUAGAAAGCAGCACCGAGCUGAGAGGCACUCCUCUGUCCCCACCUGGGAAGGAGCCAUGUGCACUGCUGACGAACCCCUCCAUACGAAGCAUAAUGGCCCAGCAGAAGGAUUCCUUUGAAAUGGAAGAGGUUCAAAGUACAGAGGGAGAGGCUCCUCCUGUUCCAGCCACCUACCAGCUAGGUCUGACCAAAUCCAAAAGAGAUCAUCUAUUACGUACUGCAAGUCAGCAUUCUGAUAGCAGCGGUUUUGCUGAAGAUUCGACAGACUGCCUCUCUCUUAAUCAUCUGCAGGUUCAGGAGCCCUUGCAAGCCAUGGGGAGCAGUGCUGACAGUUGUGACAGCGAGGCGACAGUCACCUCCUUUGGUGAAGAGCUUAUCACACCAACAGCAAAAGACCAGCCUUAUUUCAAUGAGUCUGAGGAGGAGUCUCUGGUCCCUCUUCAGAGAGGGAAAGAGAAGACGGCAGCAAGCGCUGACAGAAAAAGGCCAGAGAGGCAGCGUUUCCCCACGUGUGAGUCCGUUGAGCCUGAAGGCCAUGAACAGUCCACUUGUUGCCAGGAAGAGGGCAUGACUGAAACCCCUGGCACCCAAGAGUCGCCUCAAGCUCAGAGAACUGAGCUACCCAGGGACGAGAGUGCCGAAAGCGACGUGGAUAGAAGCAGUGAAUGUGAAUAUGCCCAGUAUACCACACACCACAUUCUGAAGUCAUUGGCUUCCAUUGAAGCGAGAUGUCACGAUGAGGGCGCUGAAGAUAUGCUUGUGCCAACUCCCUCCUCUGUGGACAGAGUUAAUGUAGCUUUGCAAAGAGCUCAGAUGAAGGCCUUCGGUCUCUCUGGUCAAAGAGUAGGGCGCAGCCUGAUAAAAUCGAAAGAUCUGCUGAGACAGAGGUACUUAUUUGCAAAAGCUGGCUAUCCCCUACGAAGGUCUCAGUCCUUACCAACCACAUUACUGAGCCCAGUAAGGGUCGUGUCUGCUGUCAACGUUCGCUUGUCUCCGGGGAAGGAGACUAGAUGCAGCCCACCUUCCUUCACCUACAAGUACACACCUGAAGAGGAGCAGGACAUGGAAAGAGAGGUGCCCGAGCCUGACGGCCACUCUCUCGUCAAAUCCACCAUUUUCAUCUCUCCAUCCGCAUCUGGGAAGAAGGAAGUGGUCUCAGAGAAGGAGGUGAACCACUUGGAGGAAUGUCCUCACCGGAGGACUCCCACCUGCGCCUACUGUGCGUCAGCACCCAGAUCGCAGUCCACCUGCUCCCUUCACUCUGUCCCCUCUGAAUGGCAGGAGAGGCCCCUGUGUGAGCACAUGAGAACCCUGAGCACUCACAGUGUCCCCAACAUAUCCGGCACCACCUGUAGUGCCUUCUCGUCUCCUUUUGGGUGUCUUUACUCACAUAGACAUGCUGCCUCCCCUUACCGGACAUGCACUGCAAACCCUCCUUCCACCAUUGAGAUGCAGCUGCGGAGAGUAUUGCAUGAUAUUAGAAACUCGCUGCAGAAUCUUUCACAGUACCCGAUGCUAAGAGGGCCUGACCUUGCUGCUUCUCCAUACAGUACCCAGAAAUCAUCUGUUCUACCUCUUUAUGAAAAUACCUUCCAGGAGCUCCAAGUAAUGAGGCGGAGCCUGAAUUUGUUUAGGACACAAAUGAUGGAUUUGGAAUUGGCAAUGCUGCGUCAGCAAACCCUGGUUUACCAUCAUAUGACCGACGAGGAAAGAUAUGAAGUGGACCAGCUGCAGAGUUUAAGGAACUCGGUCCGAAUGGAGCUUCAGGACCUGGAGCUGCAGCUGGAGGAGCGCCUGCUGGGUCUGGAGGAGCAGCUGCGGAGCAUGCGGGUGCCCUCUCCCUUCCGGUCCUCAGCGCUGGUGGGGAUGUAUGGCAGUAGAAGCGCUGAUAACUUGUCAUGCCCUUCUCCAUUGAAUGUAAUGGAACCAGUAACCGAGCUGAUGCGGGAACAGUCAUACCUGAAGUCUGAAUUGGGCUUCGCACUUGGAGAAAUGGGGUUUGGGAUUCCCCCUGGAGAGAGCUCAGAAUCAGUUUUCUCCCAAGAAACUUCAGAAUCAUCUUCUGUGUGUUCUGGUCCCGCCCAUGCUAACAGAAGAACUGGAGUACCUUCUGGUGACUCAGUGGGUCAACCCAAACCCCACGUGGUGCCAGGCAAGAAAGUGUUCCGGGCUUCAGUAGCCCUCACCCCAACAGCUCCAUCCAGAGCAGCUUCCGUGCAGACCCCCCCGGAGCUGGAGAGGUCUGCCGAGGCUGGAGCAGCUGAAGAAGACUCAGCAGCCGGUGGGCCUAACCCUGAAGUGGAAGAAGGGCCAGGAUCACUGCCAGCUGCUGAAGGAAUACAUAAAGAUGCGGAGCAAGACGAGCUGCAGCAAGUCAUCCGGGAGAUUAAAGAGUCUAUUGUUGGAGAAAUCAGACGGGAAAUUGUAAGUGGACUUUUGGCAGCAGUAUCUUCAAGUAAAGCAUCUAAUUCUAAGCAAGAUAAAUAGUCAUUAAAUAGAAUUUACAGGUUGACAUGGAUCGUAUUAGCUGUAUCAUAUUGGAGUUACCAUUGUACACUGGUGGAGGUGUUAUCUGUGUUUCAGAAGAUACUUGCUGCUGAACUGGGCUACUGUAUACAUGUACAGUGUUUGUUUCUUCUGGGCAUAUCUUUCAAAUAUACAUAGCGAUUUAGGCACUUUUCUGAACUAUCAAAACUGUAGCCGUUUGAAAACCUAAUAUUUAUUUGUUUUUCAAUAUUUUCUAAUUGAUCCCCUAUGUAGAAUUAAUUUUAAAACUUGAAGACCUCCAGACUUAACCAACUUAUAAAUAACAUAUUUCUCCAGAAUAGCUUCUUAAAACACUGACCUCUAUGAGGUAUUUACUGUGCAAUAACUGAAAUCAUUUUUUGAGAGCUUGAAGCAACCAAUGAUUUUCCCUCCACUACUGUUAAUUAGUGUCACUUCCAAGAAGAAAAACUGUUCUGUUGUAAAAAUUAAUAAUUCUUGAGGAGGUUACUAAUAGCAAUGUGAUAGAAUUAUAUGAGGUUACCAACUACUUAAUGUUCUUACACUGUAAGCCUUUGUCCUUUACUCAAGUGUAAUUUUAUCAUAGCUUGCAUAGUCAUCUUCUUUGGGUGUAGAAUGCCUUAUAUUAAACACUAUGUGCCUUUUGCCUUGUCCAGACUUCUUUAUUAGAAGGAGUGGGCUCUCCUGCCCUUCAGACACAAGCGUGGAGUAAUGCCAAAGCAACAGGGCCUACAACUUGAAUGGAUAAAUAUGAUAAGCUGGUUUUAGCCUUUUCAAAUUGGAAGUAAUUUAGAUCUGUUCUCAUCCACACAUGGUUUGACCAUUAGAAAAAAUUCACUUUUUAUGGGAUAUAAAAAGAAAAUGUGCCCUAUUUGGUUUUAUAUGUGUUAGAUAGAUAUAUAAAGUAAUAAUCAAAUGUUAUUGGCAUUCUUUUAGCAUUUAUAGUUUUCAACUCAUGUUUCUUUGUGUGUAAAAUUUUAAUCAAAAUUCUUCAGAUGUUAACAGUAUUCUUUGAAAGAAUAACUACAAGGUCUAUGAAUGUUUGAGUUAUCACACAAAGGCUGAUUUCUAAAAAAAAAAAAAUAAUUAAAACAAUAAAGUAUUUAUUUUGCCUAA